AUGCGGAAAAAAGAGAUCGCCAUCGCCCUGGAAGGGAAGAAGGAAGCAACUCGAUCGCCCCCGGCGACCGGCGUUGUUGGCAGCAGCGGUGUUCCGAUGGGCAGACAGCAGAACGCGCUUCACCAGCUCGUGUCCUUCAUCCUCGGGGCGUCCGCCGCCGCCGUCCUGCUCUUCUUCCUGACGACGGCGAUGAGCGGAGGGCGGUUCACGGGGAUAUCGACCUGGGCCAAUGGAACCACGGGCUUCGAUGAUGCUCCCGUCCAGGAGACUCCUGCUCCCCUGGCAAGAGAACCUGCCGCUCCUGCUCACGCCGACUCAAAGGUUACGGCGGCGGAGCAGGAGGACGAGCUGGAGCGGCUGCUGCGCGCGGUGGCGGACGAGGACCGGACGGUGAUCAUGACGUCGGUGAACGAGGCGUGGGCGGCGCAGGACUCGCUGCUGGACCUGUUCCUGGAGAGCUUCCGCAGCGGCGAGCGGAUCGCGCACUUCGUGGACCACCUCCUGGUGGUGGCCCUCGACGGCGGCGCGCUGGAGCACUGCCGCGCCGUGCACCCGCACUGCUACCUCCUCCCCGCGGCCGCCGCGCACAACCUCUCCGGCGAGAAGGUGUUCAUGAGCAAGGACUACAUCGACCUGGUCUGGAGCAAGGUCCGGCUGCAGCAGAGGAUCCUCGAGCUCGGCUACAACUUCCUCUUCACGGACGUGGACAUUCUGUGGUUCCGGAACCCGUUCGAGCGGAUGUCUGUGGCGGCGCACAUGGUGACCUCGUCGGACUUCUACUUCGGCGACCCAUACAGCCCGAUGAACCUGCCAAACACGGGGUUCCUGUACGUCAAGUCGAGCCGGCGGACGGUGGGCGCGUUCGAGGCGUGGCACGGCGCGCGGGAGGCGUUCCCGGGGAAGCACGAGCAGCAGGUGCUGAACGAGAUCAAGGUGGAGCUGGUGGCCACGCGCGGCCUGCGCAUCCAGUUCCUAGACACGGAACACAACGCCGGCUUCUGCAACAACACCCGCGACUUCAACACGCUCUACACCAUGCACGCCAACUGCUGCGUUGGCCUGGGCGCAAAGCUGCACGACCUCGGCAACCUGCUGCAGGAGUGGCGGGCGUACCGGCAGAUGGACGACGAGGACCGCGCACGGGGGCCCGUGCGCUGGAAGGAGGACUUUGGAGGUGGUCAUCCGGAUCCUAGCCUCACCUAUGCAAAAGAGUUGGUUGAACGGAUGGAUCUUGGAAAGUCAUCCUCAAAUGUUGAGCCCCCACAAUUUGGCGCUGCAAUGAUGGAGAUGCUUUGA